AUGGGCCACAUCCCAAUUAUGAAACAAUGGACAUUUGUGUUAUGCCUUUUAGGAGCAUGUUCUGCUUUGCCGAUACUGCCUCAUCAUGCUGGGAUUCCUGGAAUGGGUAGUAUAAGCCUUGAGGGAAUGAGACAGCUGGGUGGACCAAGUAUACCAAAGGUACUCCCACAGUAUGGCCAGACAUACAGCUACGCUGAUCCAUUUAAUUCAAUGUGGAUGCACAAUUUCCUACCAUCACAUUCAUCAUUUUACUUGAUACGGCAAAGACCUCAACAUGAAACCCAACAGUAUGAAUACACAAUGCCAGUGCACCCUCCUCCAUUGCCAUCUCAAACACCCACUCUACUCCAACAACCUGGGAUACAAGACCAACCUCAUUACCAUUAUACCCAUUUCCUUCCUACAAGGCAAGUCCAAAUACAACAUUAUGAUAUCCAGCCACCAUUUCAUCCAAAACAGUUGUCUCUAUCAGAAGGAAAUCAGCCAGACGUUCAGCAGCAGCUAUCAUUGGACAGACAUGCUCAACAGUUACCAGCUAUACAAGACUAUUCAGGGACAUUGAGCCAAAUCUACCCUGGCUUAUUUGGAACCCAACAAAACACAGGCGAACAACCACAGCAACGAUCUAUUUAUCCCAAUUUGCAAUACAUGUCUUAUGUAACAAAUAAAGGAGCUCCUACCAGAUUAGGAAUAGUAAGCUCAGAAGAAAUGCAGGAUGGAGGAUUUGGUGCACCAGCCUAUCGAGCAGCAGGCCCCCAUGGCUUUCCCAUGGAUGGCAGAUUUGGAAAUAUGCCACUGAACAGUGGCCAACCAGGAGAUUACACAGUCGAAGAUGAUCAACUGGGCAUUACAGAACAGCCUGAAGUUCCCAAAGGAGUUAAACUAGGGCCCAACCCUCCAAACAGAGGGAACAAUGUUAUCCCUGUAGAUAUCAACCCAAGGGAUGCCUUGCCCAAUGCCAAUAACAAUCUGUUAAACCCUGCUGGACAAAGUAAAGGGCAACCAAAUGCACCUCAAGCCACUGCCUUGCCUCCAGCAACUCCUGAUAGCUUCAUUCCUUUAGAGGAAACUAGCACUGCCAUGCGUUUGGAUCCUACCAUGUUUCCUGACUCCUUUUACUCAACCAGUGCUGGAAAUGAGGCUGGUCAGCCACAAGUCAGUCAAAGCAGCUGGCAUAUGCAAGAGCCUUGA